AUCAUCGCCAAAAAAAAAGUCUCUUUUGACCAUCACCACCUUCUCAUUCUCUUCCUCCUUCUUCCCUUCUUCGUCGUCCCUGCCCCAUCCCUUCCUCUAUUUCCCUCUCUCUUAAUCAUGUACACCUCAACACGCUUUUCUAUCUCUCUCUCUCUCUUCAUUCAAAUGUGAAUGAUAAUUUCUCUCUUAUAUCCAAAUUUUUCCCUUGCUAUUGAUCCACCAUUUCAUUAUUUUAUUUUAUUUUAAUUAAUCCCAAUCAUGGGUAUAUGUUUCUCUUCAACAAAGGUUGUUAGCGGCUCUAACAGUAACGCAACAAACACGGAGAACCGUAAACGGAAUUCAACUGCGACGGAAACUGUUACUGUCGUCACGGGCCAAAAACAUCAGGUACCGAGCUCUGCUCCGCGACGUAGAAGCCCAGAUGAGGCCCAAAAUAAAAAACAGCAGAGUCAGAAUCAUCAUCAGCAACACAGGCCCAAAGAGAAAGUUGGUUCGCGGCAUGUUCCGUGUGGGAAACGAACGGAUUUCGGUUAUGAGAAAGAUUUUGAUAAGAGAUUUUCGCUAGGGAAAUUAUUGGGGCAUGGACAAUUUGGUUAUACCUAUGUUGGAAUUGAUAAAUCUAAUGGAGAUCGUGUUGCUGUUAAGAGACUCGAGAAAGCAAAGAUGGUUCUCCCCAUAGCUGUUGAGGAUGUAAAGAGAGAGGUCAAGAUAUUGAAAGAACUUACAGGCCAUGAAAAUGUGGUUCAAUUCUAUAAUGCUUUUGACGAUGAAUCAUAUGUGUACAUAGUUAUGGAGUUAUGCGAAGGUGGAGAAUUGCUAGACAGGAUAUUGGCCAAGAAGGACAGCCGUUACACUGAAAAAGAUGCUGCAGUGGUUGUAAGGCAGAUGCUGAAGGUUGCAGCUGAGUGUCAUUUACAUGGUUUGGUACAUCGCGACAUGAAGCCAGAGAAUUUUCUUUUCAAAUCAAACAAGGAAGAUUCAGCUUUAAAGGCUACUGAUUUUGGUUUGUCUGAUUUCAUAAAACCUGGUAAGAGGUUUCAAGAUAUUGUUGGAAGUGCAUACUACGUCGCACCAGAAGUGUUAAAGCGGAAGUCAGGUCCUGAAUCAGAUGUAUGGAGUAUUGGUGUGAUUACAUACAUAUUGCUUUGUGGGAAACGACCAUUUUGGGAUAAGACUGAGGAUGGUAUCUUCAAGGAGGUCUUAAGGAACAAGCCUGAUUUCCGGCGGAAACCGUGGCCAACUAUAAGUAAUGCAGCAAAAGAUUUUGUGAAGAAAUUGUUGGUAAAAGAUCCUCGUGCAAGAUUAACUGCUGCUCAGGCUCUAUCACAUCCAUGGGUUAGAGAAGGAGGAGAGGCAUCCGAAAUUCCAAUUGAUAUAUCUGUCCUGAACAACAUGCGACAGUUUGUGAAGUAUAGUCGAUUGAAACAAUUUGCAUUGAGGGCAUUGGCUAGCACACUUAAUGAAGGUGAGUUGUCUGAUCUAAAAGAUCAGUUUGAUGCAAUAGAUGUCGACAAAAAUGGUGCUAUUAGUCUUGAAGAGAUGAGACAGGCUCUUGCUAAAGAUCUCCCUUGGAAGUUGAAAGAAUCCAGAGUAUUAGAGAUAUUGCAAGCGAUAGACAGCAAUACAGAUGGAUUAGUAGAUUUCACUGAGUUUGUAGCAGCUACAUUACACGUGCAUCAAUUGGAGGAACAUGACUCUGACAAGUGGCAGCAACGGUCACAGGCUGCUUUUGAGAAAUUUGACUUAGAUAAAGAUGGCUUUAUUACUCCAGAGGAACUAAGAAUGCAUACUGGUAUGAGAGGCUCCAUUGAUCCUUUGCUCGAGGAAGCUGAUAUUGACAAAGAUGGAAAGAUCAGCUUACCGGAAUUCCGGAGACUUUUAAGAACUGCAAGCAUUAGUUCUCGAAAUGUAACAAGUCCAACUCAGCGUCAGCGAAGGAUCUAGAUUAGACGUGUUUCAGAGGCUGAGAUAAUUCAGAUGUGAGAGUGGUGGAGUUCCCUUUUAAGAUGAUCUCCUGUGCAGAUUGUGUUGAAGCCAUUGAGAUAUAUGUUCUGCACAUUUUUCACUCUCUUUUCAUUCUAUGGAACUCUGAAACUACUGUUAUAUUGACUAUGGCGUCUCACAAAGGAUUGUGUUAAGCUUAUUCUAGAGGACUGUGUCAAGAAGUGUUUCAUAGAGUGUGUAGACCCUGCUUGGAUUGGCUUAAGGUAUCAAAGUUGAGAGUUUCCAUCAGUGUACAUCAUUUUUAUGUGUCAGGGUUUUCUGGAUUUACUUGUGCCAUAACAUGUAAUGUGUAACUAUAAAUAAAUAUCUUCUAUUCUACCCAAAAUGAAAGGAAAAAAAAAAAUAUAUAUUCUGCAAA